AUGUCUAUACAAUUAUCCAAUUUAUAAUUUCAAAGAAGGAAUACCAUAAUAAUAUUGAGAGUAUGAUAUUUAUAUAUAUCUAUUUUAGGAAGCAUUGAAGUUUUAAUUGAAAAAAAAGAAUACUUCAAUUUAAAUAUUAAAAUUAAUGCAAAGAGAAUAAUCCUAAGAAAUAAAAGAUGUACUCCAUUUUGUUGGUUUGAAAUUAUGA